CCCGCCCCCCGUGACGUCACGUAUGUACACCAGGAACCCGGAAGCGAAGCAUGAAGAUGGGGUCGAGGGUAGACUUGUCUGGCGUUGAUACUAAGCAAAGUACGAUGUAAUGUUUCCAACAGUCGCGACGGAAACAUGGGAAUGUAUUUCACAAGUGGUCUACUUUUCUUCGUCCUUGCAACAACGGCGUUUGGAGACGAUGGGGAGGUGACAUUCGUAUCAGAAUUGUCAUCCAAGCCCGCUCAGAAGCUCUCAAGGUAUGGUUGGUACGGUAACGUAAGGUUGCAGAGGUUUCAUAUACCUGAGGAGACCGCCGUCGCCCGCUGGCUGUUCACCGUCACCAAGGGCCACAGCUUUCACUGCAGGCAGCGUAAUGUCACCAUCCACAUUCGGCAGGGGGCUCCUCCGGUGAUAAACCCGGCUGGCACAGCGUUUCCAAAUGCAACGCUGUUGAGUCCUUCUCUCACCCUGACCCUCCCAGUGACCUCGCUCAGCUCGACAACGUUCAACCUGUCUAAUCCUGCACCCGGGGACUGGUUUGUCGCUGCCCACUUGCCAGAAGACGACGGGCGCAUUGAGCAGAAGGGCUUCCCGUCCUGCUCCUAUUUAUUCCAGCCUCGGCUGUCAAUCAGAAGGGCAGUUGACACACCCAUUUUACAGCGGGGACUGCCGCUGCAACAGACUGUGACCUCAAACAACCCGGCACGCCUUAAGUUGUACGUUCCACAGUUUGCCUCCUCUCUCUCUGUGUCUGUGGAUGAUUGUGCACCAGUGGAGGGCACAGGAAGUGAAAGCUGUUCACUGGUCCUCAGCCUGGGCUCAGAUUCACUGGCGGAUGGCCCGGUUCAAGUGAACUGCUCAAGGAGCCGCUGCUCUGCUUCUCUCACCAACCCACCUUGGGACACCUGGUUACGAGUUUUCGUGGCGAGUGUUCAGAACAACCAGACCGUGACCUUUGGCAUCAUAUCAAACUACGAAGUGGGGUGUAAGCCACAAAGCGUGGGUCUUGCAGCAGAUAAUAACAGCAAUCUCGGCAGCAACAGCAACUCCUCAGCAGCCAACAGCUCCAAUGAAUCUCUGCCUUUGAUGCCGUCCACAUGUCUGCGGAGCGUCCCGGUGCUCUACGAGGAAGCCGACAUUCUGUCGCUCAGAUUCACCCCAGUUAACGGACCCAAUGUCAGCGUGGCGACGACGCAACCGACACUCCUAACAUACCCGCUGCCGGCACAAGCCACAGGCGGCACGCUCAACUUGAAGCUCACGCUGAACACUACUAAUGCAACACUGGGGAACAGUAGUACUGUGGUGGCCUGCCUCUCUCCCCGAGCACCUGUCCUUGAACUCAGCUCUCAACCAUGUCGCACAGCUCUGUUCGGAGGGUACGGUGUUAGUGUGAACGCCAGCUCUCCCAAAGCCGUGGUGCACCUGCCUUUCCCGCUAUCAACAACAUGGUACCUCACUCUGCAGCUCACGUGCAACAGCAGUGACUGUGGGAAUGUGUCCGUGGUCCCAGAGGUUUUUGUCAGUGCCUGUGUGGAGGACUGCGGCACAUUUGGAGAAUGUAGACUGCUGAGCUCCUACACCUACCUGUACACAGCCUGUUCGUGCAAGGCUGGCUGGAGAGGUUGGGGCUGCACAGACAACUCCACGGCUCUGUCACUCAGCCGCCAGUUGUCGGCCACCCUGCUGCUCACGCUCAGUAACCUCUCCUUCCUGCCGGCGAUUGUGGUGGCCGUCCGACGCUUGUACAUCACAGAGGCUUCCGUCUACCUCUUCACCAUGUUCUUCUCUACAUUCUACCACGCCUGUGACCAGCCAGGCGCAGCCGUCCUGUGCAUAAUGAGGUACGACACCCUCCAGUACUGCGACUUCCUGGGCUCCAUCUGUUCCAUCUGGGUCACCAUCCUGUGCAUGGCUCGUGUCAUGGACACACUCAAAUAUACUCUGUUCCUGCUUGGGGCUCUGCUGAUAGCCAUGUCGCUGCAGCUGGACCGCAAAGGUCUGUGGAACCUGCUGGGCCCCGUCCUCUGUGCCAUACUCUUCAUGGUGGCUGCUUGGAUAUACCGAGGGGUGCAACGCCGCCAUUGUUACCCCCCAUCCUGGCAGAGAUGGGUAUUCUACCUUAUCCCCGGGGCGCUGUGCGCUCUCAUCGGGGUGUGUUUGUACAUUUUUGCCGAGACGGAGGCCAACUACUACUACACGCACUCCCUGUGGCACAUCCUGGUGGCCACCUGCGUGGUGUUCCUGCUGCCUCCCCGUGAGAAGAACCUGGUUGCCAUCGGCUGGUCCAAGGGGUGGAGGCUCAAUUGGAAUUGGGACUGGAGUCCUCGAGUGUGUGGAUACACACUGUGCCCGAGCAGCAAAGACGAGCUCGACACGGUCACGUAACACUCGCACACUUGUCACAUUGAUUCUGUGCAACUGCUGCAGAGAUCACAGAAGACGCACUGGAGCAUCUGCUUCUGGCAUCUUUGUCAUGUACUUUAGCCGUUGGGAAGCUCGCGUUCACACAUUGGCGCUCGGGGAAAAAAAAAAAAAAAAAAAAAGCAACUUUGCAAACCUCCUAAAACCUUUGACCUCGUGACCAGAAGUUUGUGCAUAGUUUACGAAGGCGGCUCAGUGAAGUCCUACGUGAAGUCUACUCACCACAUUUAAAGCUUUCUUGUAUCCAAUUCCGAUCCCAGGUUUUAUUUUUGCAAACUUUCUCACCAUGUUUUUGCCACGAUGUCAUCCUGUCAAGUGAGUUCCCAUGUGUCAGCUGCACUGUACCACUUUUUCUUUUCUAUUGAUUUCAUUUUCAAGCACUUUGUGUGUGUAUGUGAUUUCCUUAAAAAAACAUAAUGAAUGUACUGUAGAUGCAUAUAUCGUUGUGUGCCUCACCCCCUUUUUUCAGUGUGUUUUUUUUAAAUGUUUUUCUUAUGCAAUAUGUGCAUUGCUCCUUUUCUUGGCUCGCGUCUCCCUUCAAAUGUCUACUUCAUAUUUAUAAGAGUAAGAAAUACAUAGAGAGAGACCAGGUUGCCUCGUUUUGCAUGUGUUUGACUUACAAACCUAGCAAAAAUAAAUAUGUUGUCACCAGUAUUGUGUUUUUGUAUUGCUCUGUACUGCAAUGUUUAACACGCAUACAUAACGGCAGUGGAUAGGAGUAGAUUAUCAUAAUCCUUAGAAACGUGGAAAGUGUGUGAAGUGCUGAAACACUGCGUGUGUGCGUGCAUGUGAGAUGCAGUAGCUUGAAUCCAUUAGUAAAUUUGAUACUCAGAUCCUGCAAAGCUGAGCGAGUGCAAAAGGACACACCAUGGCUUCAUACUUCGUGCAAUGUUGAGGUUAAAG